AUGAGUGAAAAGCACUACGAGUAGAUGGUGCAAAUGCAUAACAAAUAUAAAGAGCAAGGAUUUGAAAUACUUGCUUUCCCAGUUAACCAGUUUUUUUCUCAAGAACCUGGAACUAACUAACAGAUCAAGUCACUUGUAAGAAAUUUCUGGGAGGCUGAAUUUCCAUUGCUUGACAAGUCCGAAUGCAAUGGUAUAAAUACGAGUGAAGUCUUUAAAUUUUUAAGAUUAAAUUGUGCUGAACUCAAUGAGCCUGAAAAGGAUCAAGUCAAAAGAAUACCAUGGAAUUUCUCAAAGUUCUUAGUAAACAAAGAAGGAUAAGUAGUGAAUUACUUUGAACCUGUGAUAGAGCCAAUCAAUCUAACAAAGACUAUCGAGAAUAUGCUAACUGAAGCAGAUUGA